GUCCCCUAAAACCUGCUUAGAGGAAUUAGGAUAGAUGUCUCUUUGCUUAUCUUCUGAUAAGGGAAGGCAGGCUUUAUUUCUGAGCCUGUUGCUUGCUGGCUGUGAGAGCAGCCCCACAACAGCACUCCUUCUGACCGCUCUCUCUCACACACACCCUGCCCAGAAGUCAUGAGUGGUGCAGGUCCAGGACGAAAUCUGGAUAAUGACACAUUGGAUAUUGAGGGACCUCAUGGAAGCGUGGUGUCAACGAUAGAAGGACAAUAGGACGCGAGGUUUCAAGUAAGAGCAGCUGAGCUGCCUUCCAGGUGUGGGGAGAUGUGGAAUGGGGACCAGCGCUUUGAAUGAAGCAGUGUCAACAAAUACGGCAGCAGUGAGCAGAAAAGAUGGCAGUUAACCUCUCCUCUGGCUGGAGGGACUUUCAAGGCUGACUGCAGUCCUCCUGGAUACAUGAACGCUCAUUCCUCGAAGAAAAUCUCGCCGAUUUGCCUCCAAACGUUGCGAGGAAAAGGCAAGCUGGAGACAGAUUGCUAAAGGGGGUGUCUUGGAUUGAGCAGCGAAAGCGUUGAGUCCCAACUUCUGAGCAAAGGAAAUUUGGAGCAACUGAUCACUGCAUGGAUGGUGUUGCCUGGAUACUGGAGCCCUCCGCUAACCUCUUGAUGGAUGUUGAUGGCAUUCCGCCGGAAAGUAAGGUGUCUGCCCCUAAGAUUGAGAUAGAAGAAAUGUUGGACGGUGCAGAUCCUGAGACGGGAGGCGGCGCUCCUCCUGACGACCACUUGCGGAACCUGAAAGCUCUGACGGAGAAACUGAGGCUGGAGACGAGGAGACCCUCCUAUUUGGAGUGGAAGGCCCAGCUGGAGGGGAUUGCAUGGAAAAACCACCCGGAGCCUCCUGUGGAAGCCAGCCGGGAUGAGAAGCCAAUGGAGGAAAGCGUUCCUUUAACAGAGGUGCAAGUUCAUAUCAAUGGAGGCUCUUUGAAAGCGCAAGUUCCGGUGAUGACCCGGGAGAAAAUCAGUGGCUUUGGAAAUAUUGACGAGGCUCUCAACUGGGUCAGGAAAGAACUGAUGGAAAUGCGUCUCCAGGACCAGCACCUGGCCCGGCAGCUGAUGCGCCUGCGCAGUGACAUCAACAAGCUCAAAAUCGAGCAGACCUGCCACCUCCACCGGCGGAUGCUCAAUGAUGCCACCUACGAGCUGGAGGAGCGGGACGAGCUUUCUGACCUCCUGUGCGACUUCCCCCUGACGUCCUCCUUCAGCCUCUCCACCCCGCUCAAGCUCAUUGGCGUGACAAAGAUGAACAUCAACUCCCGCCGGUUCUCGCUUUGCUAGAGGGAGGGGAUGGGAGGGCAGAGGGGCAGAAGCGGGCGUGGAGGGUGACCUUGCCAAUGGAGAAGGAGGAGAAGCUUGCUUGUCCUCUUGCUCGGCAGGGGAAGGCAGGUGAGGUCGGAGGACAAAGAGGGAAGGCGGAGCAGAUCUGGCAAGGGCUCUUCCACCGAUCCAGUACGGCUGGGCAAUGGUGACAGUCACAUGUUCCCAGAGUGCUUUGCAGGAAAGAUGGAGAAUACAAACAACCAGCUUCUUCAAAGAGAGGCAGAGAGGCUACCCUAACCCAAUACUUUCCUUCAGAAACAGUCUCCCUUCCCCGUGGGUGGAAUAAGGGUGUGAAGUAUGGUUACCAGACGUCCCCAUUUUCCGAGGACAGUCCCCAGAUUUACAAAUCUGCCCCCGGACAAAAUCCGUCCCCGCAUUU